AUGGAUGCAGAGGAUUUUGCACCAAAACCUCUGUCGGAAAGAGAAAUCAUAGCACUCUUUGAAAAAAUGAUGGAGGAUAUGAAUUUGAAUGAAGACAAGAAGAUGCCACUGAGAGAAAAAGAUUUUAAUACCAAAAAAGAAAUGGUGAUGCAAUAUAUUAGUACUGCUUCAAAGUCUGGAAGUCUCAAGAACAGUCGGAAGAUUUCAGCCCAAGAGUUUAUUCAGGAAUUAAAAUCUGGGUCAACAGAUGAAAGACUAGUCACUUGCUUAGAAUCUCUCCGUGUGUCCUUGACUAGUAAUCCUGUCAGCUGGGUUGAAAACUUUGGUCGAGAAGGUCUAGGGCUGUUGUUGGACGUUUUGGAAAGAUUGGUAGAGACAAAAAACCAGGACAGAAUUGUGAAGAGGAAUCAGCAUAAGGUCAUUCAGUGUCUGAGAGCCUUCAUGAAUAAUAAGUAUGGAUUGGAAAGAAUUUUGGGAGAAGAGAGAAGCCUUUUGUUGCUGAUCAAAGCAAUUGAUCCCAAGCAAACUAACAUGAUGACAGAUAUAGUUAAACUCCUUUCUGCAAUGUGCAUUGUUGGAGAGGAAAACAUCCUUGAAAAAAUUUUGGAGGCCAUAACAGCAGCAGCAGAGGAAAGGAAUGUAGAUAGAUUCUCUCCUAUUGUAGAAGGUCUUCAGGAUAACUCAGUUCAGCUGCAAGUAGCUUGCAUGCAGCUCAUCAAUGCUCUUGUUACAUCUCCUGAUGACUUGGAUUUUAGGCUUCACAUCAGAAAUGAAUUUAUGCGCAGUGGAUUGAAAGAGAUAUUGCCACAAUUGAAAUGUAUAAAGAAUGAAGCACUAGAUAUUCAGCUGAAAGUGUUCAAUGAGCAUAAGGAAGAAGACAUGAUCGAAUUCUCUCAUCGUUUAGAAGAUAUUAGAUCUGAACUAGAUGAAGUAAAUGAUGUUUACAACAUGGUGUGGAAUACAGUUAAGGAUACUAGCGCUGAAGGAUAUUUUCUUUCUAUUCUCCAACAUCUUUUGCUGAUAAGAAAUGAUUAUUUUAUACGUCCACAGUAUUUCAAAUUAAUUGAAGAGUGUGUGUCCCAGAUAGUGUUACAUCGAAGUGGAACAGACCCAGAUUUCACAUACCGUAAAAGAUUAGAUAUAGAUAUCAGCCACUUAGUAGAUAUUUGUGUAGAUAAAGCAAGAUUAGAAGAAUGUGAAGAGAGAGCUGCUGAACUUUCCAAAAAAUUUGAAAAGGAUUUUGUAGCUCAUCAGGAGACCCAGGCCCUACUGCAAAAAAAAGAGGAGAGAAUCAGUGAACUUGAAGCAGAAUUACAAGCUUUUAAAUCACAGUAUGGCUCCCUGCCACCUGGUUUUCUAUCAUCAACACGUGGAAAUCCAUCUGCCGUUCCACUGGAAACUACAGGACCAAAUCAGUUGCCUCCUCCUCCUCCUCCACCGCUGCCUUCUAAUGGAGCAAUUCCACCGCCACCGCCUCCUCCUCCUCCUCCACCACUUCUGAAUGGCAUGGGAAUGCCUCUGGCUUUUGGUGGUGCUCCUCCACCACCACCUCUACCAGGCUUGCCUGGAGUACAGUGGUCUCCACCUUCAUGUACUUUGCCAUUUGGAAUGAAGCCUAAAAAAGAAUUCAGACCUGAGAUCACCAUGAAAAGGCUCAACUGGUCCAAGAUCAGGCCACAGGAAAUGACAGAAUCCUGUUUUUGGGUUAAGGCAGAAGAAGACAAGUAUGAGAAUGCUGACAUGCUUUGCAAAUUGGAACUUACUUUUUGUUGUCAAAAAAGGGUAAAAAAAGAGGAUGAAGAUUUUGAAGAAAAGAAAUCCAUUAAGAAACGAAUCAAAGAAUUAAAAGUUUUGGACCCCAAGAUUGCACAGAAUCUGUCAAUUUUCCUUGGUUCUUUCCGAGUGCCUUAUGAGGAAAUUAAAAGGAUGAUAUUAGAAGUAGAUGAAACACAACUGUCAGAGUCCAUGGUUCAGAAUUUAAUAAAGCAUCUUCCAGAACAAGAGCAAUUGAAUGCAUUGUCGAAGUUCAAGAGUGAGUAUAAUAAUUUGUCUGAGCCGGAGCAGUUUGGAGUUGUGAUGAGCAACGUGAAGAGACUACGGCCACGGCUCAGUGCUAUUCUUUUUAAGCUCCAGUUUGAGGAGCAGGUGAACAACAUCAAACCUGACAUCAUGGCUGUCAGUGCUGCCUGUGAAGAGAUAAAGAAGAGUAAAAGCUUUAGCAAGCUGCUGGAACUAGUAUUGUUAAUAGGAAACUACAUGAAUGCAGGUUCUCGCAAUGCUCAAACCUUUGGAUAUAAUCUCAGCUCCCUAUGUAAACUGAAGGACACAAAGUCAGCAGAUCAAAAAACAACAUUGCUCCAUUUUCUUGUAGAAGUGUGUGAAGAAAGCUAUCAGGAUGUCCUGAAUUUUGUUGAGGAUUUUCAGCAUUUAGAUAAAGCUAGUAAAGUCUCAGCGGAAAACCUGGAAAAGAGCCUGAAGCAUAUGGAGAGGCAACUCCAACAGCUUGAGAAGGAUUUGCAGACUUUUCCAGUUCCUGAAGAUAAGCUCGAUAAAUUUGUAGCAAAAAUGUCAAUAUCCUUUAGAGUAUUCUUUAAACAAACAAAACCAAAUCACAGAACCUUAACAGCCAUGUACAGCUUUCUAGUUCAUGCCAAAGAAGAUUUUCAGAAACUUUCACGGAUGCACGAGAACAUGGAAAAACUCUAUCAGAAUGUGAUGGGAUAUUAUGCUAUUGAUCUGAAGAAAGUCUCAGUGGAGGAGUUUUUAACAGACUUAAACAACUUCAGGACAAUGUUCAUGAUUGUCUAG